GGGGGUGUUUUCGCGGUGCGGUGCGGAUCUUAAGACUUUUAAACUAUGGAACUGCCAGUGAACUGGAUCUGGGUUGGUUUUCUGUUCCACCUUCCUCUGAUGGGAUGUUUCGAUAUACACCUUUGGGAUACAGCACACCCAGGGGCCGUUCUGGCGAAUUUAUCACUCGGAACCGGUUGGAUUUACAGAAUCGACAUGACUUCAACUCCGAAAUGCAUCCAGGACUUUGUGCAGAUAGGCAGCCAAGACGGAGUCCUGGCGCUGUCCCGAAAAGUGAACUGUGCGCGCUGUCGAAGCAACCCAGCGCCGCUGUAUUUCAGCAUCAGGUCUGUGACAUCUGAAAAUUUCAUUUUGACGCAUUUUAAUGUGUAUGUACACGGACAAGACUGCUUUAUUAAAUUCAAGAGAAAGAAGCCCACAGGUAAGUCAGAUAUUUACGUUAAUUACCUUUCCAGCCUGGAGGCGACUUCCUGCUUUUCUUCGGGUCAUGCCCUCGUGAAUGUAUAUGAACAUUUACCUGCCUUCAGUCGGAAUUUACAGUUUUCCAGUUGGUCUUGCGCAGAAACGGACUUGAAAAUAGCUUUCAGUAACGGGAGUUUGAAACUGGGAGAGGAUGUAUGCAUGCAGCCCGGGCAGAGGAGCCAGGUGGAUUUCGCUUGCGUGCUGCACAGCUCGCGGAGCGACCGCGUCUCCCUGCGCGUCAGCUUGCGGUCACCGACAAUGCGCAAGCAAGCGCUGUUUACAGACUCCCAUUCCGCGGGACGGGAUCCGCGGAGGAAACGAAAGAAAAGAAGCGUGAAUAGCGCACCUCAGUUUCAGCUGCCCAACUAUCAGGUGUCUGUCCCGGAGAACGAGCCGGCGGGAACCCGCGUCAUCACACUCAAAGCCAUCGAUUCGGACGCAGGAGAGGCCGGCAGGCUCGAGUAUGGCAUGGAGGCGUUGUUCUACAGCAGAUCCAACGAUUACUUUCAAAUCGACCCACAGACCGGAAGCAUCACGACACUGCAGCCUUUGGACAGGGAGGUCAAGGACACGCACGUCUUUAAGGUGACAGCCACUGAUGGCGGCACUCCCCCGAGGUCGGCCACGGCUUACCUGACCGUGACCGUCAGCGACACCAACGACCACACGCCCGUGUUCGAGCAGCAGCAGUACAAGGUGAGCAUCCGGGAGAACGUGGAGGUGGGGUUCGAGGUGAUAACCAUCCGGGCCACGGACGGGGAUGCGCCCUCCAACGCCAACAUGAUAUACAAGAUAGUGAACGGCGAGGGGGCCAACGCGGGCUUCGAGAUCGAUCCCCGGAACGGGCUGGUCAGGACGCGGGUCCGGCCCGACCGGGAGGCACAGACCCAGUACCAUUUGGUGGUGGAGGCCAACGACCAGGGCAAAGACCCCGGGCCCCGCAGCGCCACGGUGACGGUGCACAUCACGGUGGAGGACGAGAACGACAACUACCCCCAGUUCAGCGAGAAGCGCUACGUGGUGCAGGUGCCGGAGAACGUGGCUGUCAACACCAGGGUGGCCCAGGUGGAGGCCACCGACAAGGACGAGGGCAUCAACGGCAAGGUCCACUACAGCAUCAUCAGCGGGAACGUGAGGGGCCAGUUCUACAUCCACUCCCCAACUGGCGUCAUCGACGUCAUCAACCCGCUGGAUUACGAGACCAACAGGGAGUACAACCUGCGGAUCAAGGCGCAGGAUGGGGGCCGGCCGCCACUGAUAAACGGGACAGGGAUGGUGGUGAUCCAGGUGGUGGACGUGAACGACAACGCCCCCAUGUUCGUCAGCACGCCCUUCCAGGCCUCCGUUCUGGAGAACGUGGCCAUCGGCUACUCUGUGAUUGACAUCAAGGCCAUUGACGCCGACUCCGGGGAGAACGCCCGGCUGGCGUACCGGCUCGUGGACACGCCGCCGGGCUUCCCGUUCGCCAUCAACAACAGCACGGGCUGGGUGACGGUGGCCGCCGAGCUGGACCGGGAGACCACCGAGUUCUACACCUUCGGCGUGGAGGCGCGGGACCACGGCGCGCCCGCCAUGUCGUCCUCGGCCAGUGUCAGCAUCACUGUGCUGGACGUCAACGACAAUGUCCCCACGUUCACGCAGAAGAUGUACUCGCUCAAGAUCAACGAGGAUGCCACAGUGGGCACCAGUGUGCUGAUGGUCACCGCCAUCGACCGGGACGCCAACAGCGUGGUGACGUACCAGAUCUCCAGUGGCAAUACACGGAACCGCUUUGCCAUCACCAGCCAGAGUGGGGGCGGCCUCAUCACCCUGGCUCUCCCUCUGGACUACAAGCAGGAGCGGCAGUACGUGCUGACUGUGACCGCCUCAGACGGCACACGCUACGACACGACCCAGGUCUUCAUCAACGUCACCGAUGCCAACACCCACCGGCCCGUCUUCCAGAGCGCCAACUACCAGGUGCUGGUGAGCGAGGACAAGCCCGUGGGCUCCACUGUGGUGGUGAUCAGUGCCACCGACGAGGACACGGGCGAGAAUGCCCGCAUCACCUACGUCAUGGAGGACAACGUGCCCCAGUUCAAGAUCGACCCAGACUCGGGCGCCAUCACCACCCAGACGGAGAUUGACUAUGAGGACCAGGCCUCCUACACGCUGGCCAUCAUUGCUCGCGACAACGGCAUCCCCCAGAAGUCGGACACCACGUACGUGGAGAUCAUCGUGCUGGACGCCAACGACAAUGCUCCCCAGUUCCUCCGGGACGUGUACCAGGGCAGUGUGCUGGAGGAUGCCCCCGUCUUCACCAGCGUCCUGCAGAUCUCUGCCUCUGACCGCGACUCAGGCUCCAAUGGGAGGCUGAGCUACACCUUCCAGGGCGGGGACGACGGCGAUGGAGACUUCUUCAUCGAGCCCUACUCCGGCAUCAUCCGGACGGCUAGGAAGCUGGACCGGGAGAACACGGCGGCGUACAACCUGAAGGCCUACGCGGUGGACAGGGGCGUGCCCCCUCUGAAGGCGGCGGUGGACAUCCAUGUGUCUGUGCUGGACAUCAACGACAAUGCGCCCGUGUUCGAGAAAGACGAGCUGCUCAUUUUCGUGGAGGAGAACAGCCCUGUGGGUUCCGUGGUGGCCCGGAUCUCGGCCACCGACCCGGACGAGGGCUCCAACGCCGACAUCAUGUACCAGAUCGUGGAGGGCAAUGUCCCGGAGGUCUUCCAGCUGGACAUCUUCAACGGGGACCUCGUGGCCCUGGUGGACCUGGACUACGAGGCCCGCACGGAGUACGUGAUCGUCGUCCAGGCGACAUCGGCGCCGCUGGUCAGCCGGGCCACGGUGCGCGUCCGCCUGGUGGAUGUCAACGACAACGCCCCUGUGCUGCGGGACUUCGAGAUCAUCUUCAACAACUAUGUCACCAACAAGUCCAAUAGCUUCCCGGCAGGGGUGAUCGGGAAGGUCCCGGCGCACGACCCCGACGUUUCGGAUAAGCUCCGCUACAGCUUUGUGGAGGGGAACGAGCUGCGCCUCCUGAUUCUGAACCAGGACACCGGUGACCUUCGGCUGAGCAAGGACCUGGACAACAACCGAGCCCUGGAGGCCACCAUGAAGGUGUCCGUCACAGACGGCCUCCACCGCGUCACCGCCCUCUGCACCCUGCGCGUCACCAUCAUCACCGACGACAUGCUGACCAACAGCAUCACGGUGCGGCUGGAGAACAUGUCCCAGGAGCGCUUCCUGUCCCCGCUGCUGUCCCUCUUCGUGGAGGGCGUGGCCACCGUCCUGGCCACCAGCCGCGACAGCGUCUCCGUCUUCAACAUCCAGAACGACACCGACGUCCACGGCAGCAUCCUGAACGUGACGUUCUCGGCGCUGCGGCCCGGCGCGCCGGCCGGCCGCUACUUCCCCUCGGAGGAGCUGCAGGAGCAGAUCUACCUGAACCGCACGCUGCUGACGCUGGUCUCCACGCAGCGCGUGCUGCCCUUCGACGACAACAUCUGCCUGCGCGAGCCCUGCGAGAACUACAUGAAGUGCGUGUCGGUGCUGCGCUUCGACAGCUCGGCGCCCUUCAUCGCCUCCGACACCGUGCUCUUCCGGCCCAUCCACCCCGUCACCGGCCUGCGCUGCCGCUGCCCCGCCGGCUUCACCGGCGACUACUGCGAGACCGAGAUCGACCUGUGCUACUCCGGGCCCUGCCGGAACAACGGCCGGUGCCGCAGCCGGGAGGGGGGGUACACCUGCGAGUGCCUGGAGGACUUCACCGGCGAGCACUGUGAGGUGAACGCCCGCUCCGGGCGGUGCGUGCCCGGGGUGUGUAAGAACGGGGGCGAGUGCGUCAACCUGCUGGUGGGCGGGUUCAUGUGCCAGUGCCCCGCGGGGGAGUACGAGAAGCCCUACUGCGAGAUGAGCACCCGCAGCUUCCCCGGACAGUCCUUCGUCACCUUCAGAGGGCUGAGGCAGAGGUUCCACUUCACCGUGUCCCUCAUGUUCGCCACCCGGGAGAGGAACGGCCUGCUGCUCUAUAACGGGAGGUUCAACGAGAAGCACGACUUCAUCGCCCUGGAGAUCAUCGAGGAACAGAUCCAGCUCACCUUCUCUGCAGGAGAGACCAAAACUACGGUGUCCCCGGUGGUGCCCGGCGGGGUCAGCGAUGGCCAGUGGCACUCUGUCCAGCUGCACUACUACAACAAGGAUAGCCUGCACCUCCUGGACUCCAGCGGGGUGCUGCACAUGCCCCUUUAUACAGCCUGGCUGGAGCUGACCCAGAAGGAGCCCAACAUCGGACGCCUGGGAAUCCCCCACGGGCCCUCGGGGGAGAAGGUGGCCGUGGUCGCCGUGGACGACUGCGACGUCGCCAUGGCGGUGCGCUUCGGCGGCAAGAUCGGGAACUACUCCUGCGCUGCCCAGGGCACGCAGACCGGGCAGAAGAAGUCUCUGGACCUCACUGGGCCGCUGCUGCUGGGAGGGGUUCCCAACCUCCCAGAGGACUUCCCUGUCCAGAACCGCGACUUUGUGGGCUGCAUGAGGAACCUCACCAUCGACAGCAAGCCCGUGGACAUGGCCAGCUUCAUCGCCAACAACGGGACCAUCGCAGGCUGCACAGCGAAGAAGAACUUCUGCAAUAAAAAUAUGUGUCUGAAUGGAGGCACCUGCGUUAACAAGUGGAACACCUACUUCUGUGACUGCCCCCUGCAGUAUGGAGGGAAGAACUGCGAACAAGCCAUGCCGUCCCCCCAGCUGUUUAACGGCGAGGCCCUGGUGUCCUGGAGUGACCCCGACAUCACCAUCGCCAUCCCCUGGUACCUGGGCCUGAUGUUCCGCACCCGGGAGAGCAGCGGGACCCUGAUGCAGGCCAACGCCGGAGAGUCCUCCCAGGUCACCCUGCAGAUCAGGCAGAGUCAGGUGCGCUUCGAGGUGCUGCUGGGAGAGAAGCAGGUGGCUGUGCUGGAGUUCUCGCAGGUGCGGGUGAAUGACGGGGAGUGGCACCACGUCCUGGUGGAGCUGAAGAGCAUCAAAGAUGGAAAGGACAUCAAGUACAUGGCGCUGGUGACUCUAGACUACGGCAUGUUCCAGAGGACAGUGGAGAUCGGGAAUGAGCUGCCAGGCUUGAGGCUGAAGAGCCUUUUUGUUGGAGGACUGCUGGGGGAAGAUGGGUCAGUCCAGCAUGGUUUCCAUGGCUGCAUGCAGGGUGUGCGGAUGGGGGAGACGUCCACCAACACGGCCAACCUGAACAUGCAGCAGGGCCAGAGGAUCCGCGUGGAGGAGGGCUGCCGCCCGCCCAACCCCUGCGACUCCAACCUCUGUCCCCAGCACAGCCGGUGCAGCAACGACUGGAGCUCCCACACCUGCGUCUGUGACCCAGGGUACUUUGGGAAAGACUGUGUGGACGCCUGCCAGCUGGACCCCUGUGAGCACGUGUCCACCUGCGUCCACAAGCCCGGCUCCUCCCACGGCUACACCUGCGAGUGCGGAAGCAACUACUACGGACAGUACUGCGAGAACAAGGUGGACCAGCCGUGCCCCCGAGGCUGGUGGGGGAACCCGGUCUGCGGCCCCUGUAACUGCGACGUCAGCAAGGGCUUCCACCCGGACUGCAACAAGACCACCGGGGAGUGCCGCUGCAAGGAUAACUACUACAGGCCGAACGGCGGGGACACCUGCUACCCGUGCGAGUGUUUCAACCUGGGGGCCUUCGGUCGCACCUGCGACCCCCUCACCGGGCAGUGCCCCUGCAAGGCGGGCGUGAUCGGGCGCCAGUGCAACCGCUGCGACAACCCCUUCGCCGAGGUGACGGCCGGCGGGUGUGAGGUUGUUUACGAGGGCUGCCCCAAGGCGUUUGACGCCGGAAUCUGGUGGCCCAAAACCAAAUUUGGGCGUCCUGCCGCCGUGAACUGUCCCAAAGGCUCCGUCGGGACGGCAAUCCGACACUGCAGCGAGGAGAAAGGCUGGCUCCCUCCAGAACUCUUCAACUGCACCACUGCCACCUUCUCCGAACUCAUAAAAAUGAACGAGGACGUUGCCCGGAACAGGAGCAGGAUGGAUGGGGACAGGUCCAGGACCAUCGCCAGGCUGCUGCGCAACGCCACCGACCACACCGCCGCCUUCUACGGCAACGACGUCAAGACGGCCUACCACCUGAUCUCCCGGGUUCUGCAGUACGAGAGCCAGCAGCAGGGCCUCAACCUGGCCGCCACCCGGGACGCCGAGUUCAACCAGAACAUCUUCAGGGCGGGCAGUGCCAUCCUGGACCCCAGCAACAAGGAGCACUGGGACCAGAUCCAGCGCUCGGAGGGCGGCUCCGCCCACCUGCUCCGGAACUUCGAGGAGUACGCCAGCACCGUGGCGCAGAACAUGAGGAAGACCUACCUGAAGCCCUUCACCAUCGUCACCGACAACAUGAUUGUUGCCGUGGAUUACGUGGACCCCUCCAGCCCGGACCACGCGAAGAUCCCUCGCUUCCAGGAGAUCCUGGAGGCCUAUCCCAAAGAACUGGAGUCCUCCGUACAGUUCCCAGAAUUCCCCUCCAAAGCAGCCGAGAGCAAAGUGAACCCCACAUACGAACCCUCAGCUCAGACGGACACCGCGCCCCACGAGGACCACACCUCGUCCCUGAAGAGGAGGCGCCACGCGGAGAUUCCCGGCCCCCUCCCCGUCGCCGUGGUGAUGGUCUACAAGUCCCUGGGGCAGCUCCUGCCUGAGCGCUACGACCCGGACCGCCGCAGCCUGAGGCUGCCCCUGAAGCCCGUCAUCAACACGGCCGUCGUGAGCGCCGCGGUGCACAGCGAGGGGGGGCCCCUGCCCACCCCCCUGGAGCGCCCCGUCACCCUGGAGUACAAGCUGCUGGAGACGGAGGAGCGCACCAAGCCCGUCUGCGUCUUCUGGAACCACUCCGUCGGGAUCGGAGGCACAGGGGGCUGGUCCUCAAAGGGGUGCGAGCUGGUUUCCCGGAAUGACACCCACAUCAGCUGCCAGUGCAACCACUUGACCAGCUUUGCCGUGCUCAUGGACAUGUCCAAACGAGAGCACGGCGACGUCCUGCCGCUGAAGAUCGUCACCUACACGACUGUGUCGGCCUCCCUGCUGGCCCUGCUCAUUGCCUUUGUCCUGCUGGCCAUCGUGCACAAGCUGCGCUCCAACCUGCACAGCAUCCACAAAAACCUGGUGGGGGCGCUCUUCUUCUCCGAGCUCGUCUUCCUCAUCGGCAUCAACCAGACCGACAACCCGUUCGUGUGCACGGUGAUCGCCAUCCUCCUACAUUACUUCUACAUGUGCACCUUCGCCUGGAUGUUCGUGGAGGGCCUGCACAUCCACCGCAUGCUCACCGAGGUGCGCAACAUCAACCGCGGCCGCAUGCGCUUCUACUACGCCAUCGGCUGGGGCAUCCCCGCCAUCAUCACCGGUCUGGCCGUGGGGCUCGACCCGCAGGGAUACGGGAACCCUGACUUCUGCUGGCUCUCCGUCCACGACACCCUCAUCUGGAGCUUUGCUGGGCCCAUCUCCAUCGUGGUGCUGGUCAACAUUGUGAUAUUCGUGCUGGCAGCGAAGGCGUCGUGUGGACGAAGGCAGCGGACAUUUGAGAAGUCCGGAGCCAUCUCGGCCCUGCGCUGUGCCUUCCUGCUCCUGCUGCUCGUCAGCGCCACCUGGCUGCUGGGCCUGAUGGCGGUCAACAGCGACGUCACGACCUUCCACUACCUGUUCGCCAUCUUCAGCUGCCUGCAGGGCCUAUUCAUCCUCUUCUUCCACUGCGUCUUCAAUAAAGACGUGCGGAAGGGUCUGAAGAACGCAUUCAUGGGGAAGAAGACUCUGCCGGAGGAGUCCACCACCACCCGCACCACUCUGUUAACUCGCUCUCUGAACUGCAAUAACACGCACGGGGAAGAGGGGGCGCUGUACCGCACGCCCAUCGGCGAGUCCACCGUGUCCCUGGACAGCACCGUCAGGUCAGCCAAGAGCCGCGGCAGCAGCAGCUACCGCGCUUACGCUCACAGGGACGACUCGGCUCAGAAGCCCAGCGCCUCGUCCGGCUCGGCCAAGGCGGCCAAAGCGGCCAAAGCGGCCCGCGCGGAGGGGGAACCCGUCUUCCACAGGAAGGGCGCCAAGGGAGAUGACUCGGACUCGGACAGCGAGCUCUCGGUGGAUGAGCACAGCAGCUCCUACGCCUCCUCCCACUCCUCCGACAGCGAGGACGAGGUGGACAUGAAGCCCAAGUGGAACAACGAGCGGCAGCCCCUGCACAGCACCCCCAAAGUGGAAACAGUGUCCAAUCACGUGAAGCCUUACUGGCCAGUGGAGGCGACCACGUGCAGUGACAGUGAGGACCCAGCCGGGGCGGAAAAGCUGCGGGUGGAGACCAAGGUCAACGUGGAGCUGCACCCGGAGAACAAGCUCAACCACAUGAGGGAUGCAGCCCCGUCAGACAAAGAAUCCUCGUGCCAGGAGGGGGCGCCACCCAACCAGCCCAACAGCAAUCACCAGCCAGAGCAGCGGAAGGGAAUUCUGAAAAACAAGAUCACCUACCCUCCCCCGCUGACGGACAUGACGGACAAAAACAUGAAGAACCGGCUGAGAGAGAAGCUGUCCGACUACAACCCGCCCACCAUCACGGCCAUGACGCCAACGGUGGGGCCCAACGAGGCCGUCCGCCCAGUCACCGGGGGCAACGGCGUCCUCGUCAAGCCCGCUCAGCGGCCGCCCGCCACGCCCCGCGAGCAGCAGAAUGGUGUCGCCAUGACGCUGCGGGUGGGGGGCGUCAACGGUGACGCCUCCGACUCAGAGUGA